UUUCCUUCUCUUCGCCGUCACUUUUUUUGCAUCCUUAGCACAGCUGCAACCUAUCCCACCGUCCUUCCUGUCGCUAUCCGUGGACAGGGAAACCGGCUCUGUUGCGGCACAAGUCAAUGACUCCGAGGUAGCACCUGCAGCAGCUCUAGAGAUAGUGAGAGGAUCUCUAGGAGCAAGCAAUGUUCGUCACUAAACAUGCGGCGGAGCUUUGCGCUCUCCUAGUCAACGAUCUAUACGGCGAGCUUCCUUCGCGAAUUCUUGCCGCGCUCUUCGCCAAAGGCCGAUCAAACAUCGCACAGCUCGGGCUCUAUACGCAACUUGGCCCUCGACAGAUUCGCAAUGGCCUGGGCGUCCUCAACCAGCAGAAUCUGCUAUACCACCACACAGACACCAAUACCAAGCGCACCACCUAUGAAGCCAAUCCCGGAGCAUGCUACAACCUCGUUCGAUCUGGCAAGAUCUUGGAGAUGAUCGAUAGCCAAUACGGGACUGCGGAGCGCGACCUAGUUCAAACCCUGCUGCUGCUGGGCUAUGCGAGAAUCGCUGAGCUGACUCACGCAUACCAGUCCCGCGCACCGACGUCCAAUGGUCAUGCGAAUGGCCAUGGUGCGAAUGGGUCUAGCUCCGGCUUGAUUGAAUCCGAAGCUGAGCUUCACAAUGUCCUGAGUCACUUGAUUCGCUGCGAAAUUAUCGAGACGGUCCGGCCGCAGUCCUUCCGUAACCCAACCGAUGUUUACCACGAGAUCGAGGCGGACGUCACCAAGACAGCCCCGGGCGAGAAGGCAACAAAAACAAAAAUAGACCAACAAAGGCAGAUAAUGGAGCAAUAUCGAUCGUUCAGAGACCAGCCGACGGCUCUAAAGAGGCAGCUUGACCAGUUUGGGGGGCCGGUAACGAAGAGAAGAAAGCUCGAGAGUGGAUCAGGGGAAGAUGACAGAGCGAUGGAUUAUGAUAUCCCGCCUCUUAAUCCAAAUGUCGUUGUCAGAGUCAACUACGAAAAAUGUCUGGUUGAAUUACGCAGCCACCGCCUGGCCAGCUUCGCCAUGGACACUCUAGGCGAGGUAACUGGCGAAGUGUAUCGCACACUGCUUGGACUCCUCACUUCCGAAGUUUCUAGAUGCCGGGCGGAUCCUUUCCUGGGGGAAGAGGCGAUUACUCACCAAGCUGCUGUCACUACAAUGGACGUCUAUGAGCACCUAGAUGAGGCAGUCAACGUUGCGGCGGGAAUAGGAAAAGCCCCAAAGGACAAGAUUGACUACCAAAGUGCAGAGAAGAUCCUGACGGCGCCUGCUGGAAACGACACAUUUGCUGGUGACUCGGAUGAUGACGCAGCAGGUGGCGCUUUUGAUAGCGAUGAUGAUUCUGAUGACAUGGGCCGACAUGGAAGUUUCUCGCGAAAAUCUCGAUCAGUAUCUAAGACAAAUGGUGGUAAACCAAAGGUGACGUUUGAAGAUGCAGCAACAUCUACGGACAAUCGUCUAGACCAGAUGCGCCAGCAUCUCCUGCUAUUGUCGGAGAGCAAAUAUCGCUUCGUGCGCCACUGUGGAACACAGGGUCGGGGGCAAUGGACUGUUGAUUUUGAUCAGGUCAUGGAGCGCCUUCGAGAUACUGAGCUGGAUGCCUCUAUCGAACAAUCCUUCGGACGGCAUGGACUCCGUCUUACUCGUAUCCUCCGUGAAAAGGGCAAGCUGGAUGAAAAGAUGUUGCCAUCUGCGGCGUUGAUGAAGAAGACAGACGUGCAAGCGAAGAUGCUUGCCAUGCAGAUGGCCGGUUUGGUCGACGUGCAGGAAGUUCCCAAGGACAAUACAAGAGUGGCCAACCGGACCCUGUUCUUCUGGUUCUUUGACAGAGAUCGAAGCCAGGCACAGAUACUAGAUGACCUAUAUAAAGCCAUGGUCCGCUGCUUGCAGACGUUGCAGGUAGAGAGACAUCGGGAGCGGAACAUUUUAUCCUUUGUUGAGAGGAAGGACGUUAUGGGAAAGGAAGAAGAGGUGAUGACGGCAGAGCAUUAUAACAAGUACAACAGACAUUUGGAAGAGCAGAACAAGCUUCUUGGACAGAUGAUGAGAUUGGAUGAGGUUGUGUCGAUAUUCCGAGAUUAUUAGAAGCAAUUGGCCUGUAAAAAAAAAAUCUGUAAUAAUUACGAUAUGUGCACUAAAUUGCGAUGAGAAGAGAACUAAAUAGUUUCUCUGGCGUUUUGAAUCAGGUGUCUAAUAUUGAGAUUGGCUAGGGUGAGAUGGAUGUUUACUCUAGGGACGGAUUUCGGUUUUUGAUAUCAUCGCUGAACGUUUGGUUGUAUCAGAUGCUAGGACGCUGCUGGCGAACUCGAGGUCACGUAAAGCCGCGGCAUUGAAAUCGACUCGAUUCGCUUCAAGAGACCGAGGUCUUAUAACUAGCCCGAACACAGGGAGAUUCAAUGCUGAUCUAUCCAAGAGCCGUCAAAGACCGGAAUAAACAUAGAUGUACAUAACUCGGGC